ACCACCCAAAAGCCAAGCCAAGCCAAGAAAACGAACUAAACAAACCGCAAACAGCCGCUGCUACACACACUGCACUCUCUCCCCAGUCCCCACAGGCUAACGAGAUCGCAGCUCCCCACCCACGGGCCCUCCCGAGAUCUUCUUCCAACCGCCGCCUGCCGCCGCGUCCUCCAAAUGCCGGCGGCGAUCGUCGGGAGGCGGCGCCGGCUGUAGCCUGUGGGCUUGCCGCGAUGGCGCGGUCCAGGCCUAGGGUUUGGCUCGUGGCGGGCUGCGCGGCCGUGCUGGUUUGGGCCUCCGUCGCGCAGCUCCUCGCCGUCGGCCGCCUCCUCGCCAUCUUCGGCCUCGCAGGUGGCGCGCCCGGGCCCUCGCAGCCGCCUUCCCCGCUUCCACCCCCAAGAAUCUACAAAAGCAAUGGUUAUCUGAAGAUAUCUUGCAAUGGCGGGCUUAAUCAGAUGCGUUCAGAGAUCUGUGACAUGGUGGCAGUCGCACGUUUGCUCAACCUCACGAUGCUUGUACCGGAACUUGACAAGAGAUCAUUCUGGGCUGAUCAAAGCAAUUUUGGAGACAUAUUUGAUGUGAGGCAUUUCAUCGACUCAUUAAGAGAUGAAGUGCACAUUGUUAAACGGUUGCCAAAGAGGUUUGGUCCAACAGAUUCAAGCACUAUACUUGAAAUGCAACCUGUCAGCUGGUCAGAUGAAAAAUAUUACUUGCAUCAGAUCUUACCACUAUUCAGCAAAUAUAGAGUCAUCCAUUUUAACAAGACAGAUGCUCGGUUAGCAAAUAAUGGCAUCAGUACAGAGCUUCAGCUGGUUAGGUGCCGUGUUAAUUUUCACGCACUGAAGUUCACCCCUCAGAUUGAGGCAUUGGGAAAUAAACUAGUACAGAAACUUCGAGACAAAGGAGCAUUUGUGGCUUUGCAUUUGCGAUAUGAGAUGGACAUGCUGGCCUUUUCUGGUUGCAAUCAUGGUCUUAAUCCUGAAGAAGCCGAGGAGCUCAAAAGAAUGAGAUAUGCAUAUCCAUGGUGGAGAGAAAAAGAAAUCGAUUCCAGAGGCAAGAGAUCAGAAGGACUAUGCCCACUUACACCUGAGGAGACAUCACUUGUUUUGAAAGCCUUGGGCUUUGAAAAGGAUACUCUCAUAUACAUUGCUGCUGGUGAAAUUUACGGGGGAGAAAAGAGAUUGGAACCAUUACAUGCUGCAUUUCCAAAACUUGUAAGAAAAGAUAUGCUGCUAGACUCAGAAGCUCUGCGUCAAUUUCAAAACCAUUCUUCUCAAAUGGCUGCACUUGAUUUCAUUGUAUCCACCGCUAGUGAUGUUUUCCUUCCGACUUAUGAUGGUAACAUGGCAAAACUUGUUGAAGGCCACAGAAGGUUCCUAGGUUUCCGGAGAAGUGUGUUGCCAGACCGACGGAAAUUAGUUGAACUUAUAGACCUGUACAAUAGUAAUACAAUUUCUUGGGACAAUUUUACAUCUUCUGUCCAGGAAGUUCAUAGAGAUCGUGUUGCCCAACAAUCCUGUCGGCAAAAGCUUGAAAACAAGCCGAAAGAGGAGGAUUACUUCUACGCUAACCCCCACGAAUGCCUGGCCAAUUCAAGCCUGUGCAGUGGAACCAAGGACGCAGUUACUGCAAGGUGAGCACAUUUGCUGCCUCGCCUGGCCAAGUUACUGUUUCUAAUGAUCGGUGGACUGAAGCCAACAAGCAGGCAGAGUCCAUUACGAUCAUUUAACCACUGUCCACUGUUACCAUUGUCUGUUGUAUAGGUCGGGGGUUUUUUUUUUCAGUCCUGCUGUCGAUUCAUUUAUUUCCGGCUUGCCAAAAUCGGGAAGCUUUGUGUAAAUUUUGGUUUGUUAUAUCUGCUGAAUUCACGAUGAUAGCCAAAGAGAUGAAGCCUUCUUUAGCCAUCAAAA